AUGAGCUCGCAGCGCUAUUCACGGGUGAACGCCCAUGAUCAAGAAGAAGGACCGCAUUCCUAUCCGCUGAACCCGCGAUCCGAUCUCAACUCCUCUCCGCCACUCUCUUUCCGCUCUAGAUCCCGUUCAUCAUCGCCGUCUUCGAGACGGUUAUUACAGAACGACCCGCUACAUAACAAUGAAGAUCAAACACUGGCCGAUGCCUUCGGCGAUGAGGACGAGUCCGACGAUGAUAACGAGCCAGAUGACAGGCAACGUUUGAUGCGAGCCGAUCCCGACUUCCGGGCUCCUGCGGAUAACGCCCAGAGUGCGAGUUCAUCCUCGUCGGUAUUGAGAGACUCCCAGGACCAGACCAGAUCGGGAAUUCCAAGGCGGCCGACGAUGCUGCCCACUUUCACGGCGCCAACUUCCGGGGGCAGUCGGCAGAUUGCGCCAUCUAAUGAUGGAGUAUUUGCCAAUCUUAAUGCCAAGCCUGAACGGAAUGAGAAGAACGAAGAUCUUCCUCCUUCAUACGAAGAGGCCGCAGCCGAUGCCACACCCCCGUAUUGGGAGACCACCAUUGUGGCACCCGGUAUCUCAUCCGAUGAAGUCUAUGUCGACGGAUUACCAGUCGGAUCUGUAUUCUCAUUUGUUUGGAACGCUAUGAUCUCCAUGUCAUUCCAGCUGGUCGGCUUCUUGCUGACCUAUCUCCUUCACACAACGCACGCCGCAAAGAACGGCAGCCGAGCGGGUCUCGGCCUUACUCUUGUUCAAUAUGGUUUCUACAUGAAAGGCGGCGGUGAUUCAGGCUCGGAUGGAGGAUCAGAUCAAUAUGUUCCCCCGCCAGACCCCAACAGUCACAGCUUUGAUCCGAACUCUGUUGGCGAGGGCGGCGGCGAUGGUGGAAACGGUGCUAUCUCCGGCAUUACCACGAGCGAAUGGAUCUCAUAUAUCCUCAUGAUUGUCGGAUGGUUCAUUUUGAUUCGCGCGGUCAGCGAUUUUCUACGAGCACGACGCCAUGAACAGCUUGUGCUGCAGAGUCCGGAUCGCGGUCUCGGUGUGCCAAUCAUUGCGGAAGGCGAACGGUCCGAGACUGUUGUUUAA